UGGACCAAACCUGCGCAUCGCGAAGCUACGGUAAAGUACUUCAAACUUCAACGUGCCCGUGAAGAGAUUCAACGCUUGAAUAUUGAAAUUCGUCGGUUGCGUACAGCCAUACAUGAUGAGGAACUCACUGUGAAUGCCACCAUCAAUUCCCUUCUCGUAUCCAACAAACCUGUUGGACUUGAACUGCAACGUCAAUGGCGCAGUCGCGCUGCCAUCAAUGCAGCGCAUUUGUUUAGAUUAGAUCGAAUCAUGUCACAGGCAGGCUUUUCAGGC